AUGGCGACGACCGCGAAGGGCGCCUGGCCGGAGAAAAUGCACGAGCAGAUCUCUGGCGAGCACCAAGUGCAGCCCGGGCUGGAGUGGAAGAUGGACACUAAGCCUGUUUUCAUCCGCGACACGUACAAGGGCAGCGGCAAGCUCAAGGACAAGGUGGCCCUCAUUACUGGAGGGGACUCCGGCAUCGGCCGCUCCGUGGCCGUCCACUUUGCCCGCGAGGGCGCUGAUGUGGCGAUCCUGUACCUGCCCGAGGAGGACAAGGACGCGGCCGAGACGGAGGCCCUGGUGCAGAAGGAGGGCCGCAAGUGCCUGCUGCUGUCCGGCGAUGUCGGCUCUCACGACGUGAGGCGCGCGUCGCGGGGGCAGCUGGGCGAUGGGCUGGGGCCAUUGGCGGGUGUCAUCGCGGGGGCUUUGGCUGCGGUGAGCAAGGUGGUGUCUGACCUCGGGAAACUUGACAUCCUGGUCAACAACGCGAGCCAGCAGCACUACCAUGCUGACAUCAGCGAGGUGACCGAGGAGGUGCUCACCAACUCGUUCAGGACCAACGUGUGCGGAUACUUCUGGAUGGCGCAGGCCGCCCUGAAGCACAUGAAGGCGGGGUCCAGCAUAAUCAACACCACCAGUGUCACCGCGUACAGGGGUGCGAGCAAGCUGCUGGUCUACUCCGCCACCAAGGGCGCAGAGGUGGCUAUGACGCGCUCCCUGGCCAACCUGGCGGUGCAGCGGGGCAUCCGCGUCAACGCGGUCGCGCCUGGGCCGAUCUGGACGCCGCUCAUCCCGGCCACCUUCCCCAAGGAGAAGAUUGAGGAGUGGAAGGACGAGGCACCAAUGAAGCGCCCGGGGCAGCCUGCGGAGGUUGGGCCGUCCUACGUGUUCCUGGCCAGUGAGGAUGCCUCUUUCUACACGGGUCAGACCCUGCACCCUGACGGCGGCACUCCCCUCAACACGUGA